AUGUGGAAACGAUUCGGCAUUAAGGCUACAUCCAGCGACAUCAAGUGCUGCGCUCCUCACCCCGUCGACUUGAACAGAUUCCGCUCUUCGGAGGCAGCUUACAUAGAGGAGUUCCUGAGCUUCUUGAACGUCUGGGAGCAACAUGCAAAAAGUGGCGGGUUCCUGAGCAAGAGUACUGCGGAAGGACUGAGAGUCACCCUCAAGAGCACUACAAGCCUUCUGGAAUACUUAUCAUCUCAUGGCUAUCGCUAUCUGAUGACCGUAAGACUCAGCCAGGACAGUUUGGAACGUGUUUUUGGCAUCAUCAGACAGACAUUUGGACCGAAUGAUCAUCCAACACCAACACAGUUUUUAGUAGCAACAAACUGUUUCAGUUUUUAUAACUUGGCAAAAUCUCCUGUUGGAUGUGCAGUUUCAGAGGGGAUUGUGUCAUCCCUUCUAAGCACCGCAGAAGGAGCUUCAUCAACUGGAGACCUGGAUGCUCUCAUGGAUGCCGGAGACUUGGACUGUGUGCAACAAAGGAUGGACUCUGACCAGAUGUCCUGUGUUCAACAGAAGAGUGACUCGCGCUUGAUAUACUAUGUUGCAGGGUAUACAGCAAGGAAAUCUCUUGCCACUCUUAACUGUGCGUAAUGUUCUGCUUCUUGUUUGAAGGAUUCUCCUGUAAGGGACCUCCUCCAUCCUUCCAGCUUCACGCAAGCCAUUGACCGUG